AUGGGGGGCCCGCCGGGGCCCAACACGUGCGCACCUGCGAGGGUCCUGCAAGCAAACAUACACCAUGCGGCAGCCGCCACGGCCAUUGUCGAGAGCCAGCUUGCAGGACACGUCGACCUCGCACUACUACAAGAACCCUGGGUGCGGAACUCAGACAUACUAGGACUAAAAUCGGUUGAGUUAUGCACAGACGACCUGGUAGCAGCGUAUGUAAAUCUCAAGGGAUGGAGUGGGCGGAGGGUCAUACUCUGCUCGGCAUACCUCCCUGGUGAAAAGCAAGACCCCUCUGCGGAUCUAAAUGCAGUGGCGGAAUACGCCCGCAGACACAACGCAGAACUGCUGGUGGGAUGCGAUGCAAAUGCUCACCACACCAACUGGGGGAGCACGGACAUUAAUGAUAGAGAUCACAAACAUAUAUGUUUCAACUUAUCUUUUUCUCUUAGCGUACAGACUUGCACCUUCAGAGAUCCUCGGCGGACGGCCUGGGAGGGCUACAACAACAGCCUGGAGCGAAACCUGGACUCAGUAAUGAAGGUAAUCAAAACGAAAGAGAGUUUGGAGCUUGCGGUAGAGGUAAUCUCAAAUGGCAUUGUUAGGGCCUUUGAAGAUAACUGUGCUCCCAAGUUCAAAUCAACCAAACGUCAUGUCCCUUGGUGGAAUUCCAAGCUGAAGAAACUCAGGGGCAAGACGCGGAAGUUAUUCAAUAGGGCUAAAAGAACGAACGACUGGGAGACAUAUAGGAAAGCCCUAAAUGAAUACAGCAAAGAGAUUAGGAAAGCCAAGAGAGCAUCAUGGAGGAGGUUCUGUGAGGAAAUUGAAAAUACACCUCAGGGAGCGAGACUUCAUAGGCUACUCUCGAAGGCUAGGACUAGUCAGGUUGGCCUACUGAAAAGGCAGGAUGGCUCCUACACUACAAAUGAAUUGGAGACGUUGGAGCUUUUAGUCGAAACUCACUUCCCAGGAGCAGCUUUGUCAAACAGUUCAAGGGUUAGCGAGAGCCUGCAUAGGCCUCGUCCUGAAGACUGGAGGCAGGCUGCCACUGUUAUAAGGCCGGGGAUAGUGAGGUGGGCUAUAAACUCUUUCAAAACAUUCAAAACGAGCGGUCUGGACGGAGUAAGCCCUUUAUUAUUACAACGUGGUGCUGAAGUCUUGAUUCCGCAUCUGGUAAGAAUCUUCAGAGCGAGCUACGCCUGGGGGCACUUACCGGAACAGUGGAACAAGGUUAAGGUAUUAUUUAUACCAAAGGCGGGAAGGAAGGACUACGAAAUUGCCAAGUCCUUCAGACCCAUAAGCCUUUCCUCGUUCCUUCUAAAAACCUUAGAAAAGGUAGUUGAUAAAUACAUCAGAGAUACCUAUCUUGUAAGGAAGCCUAUCCACGACAGUCAACAUGCAUACCGGAGGGGAAGAUCUACGGAGACGGCCCUUCUGGAGCUGGUGGAUAGAGUGGAAAAGGCCUUAGAAGAUAAGGAAAUAGCUCUGUCGGCCUUUCUCGACAUUGAGGGCGCUUUUGAUAACACUCCAAUUCGGACACUGGUGGAGGGGCUAAGAAUCAAAGAAGUGGACUCCACCACGGUCCGCUGGGUGCAAAGCAUGCUCUUAAAUAGGAAAGUUAGGCUAGACCUGCUGGAUACCACACUAGAAGUGGCCACUGUGAGAGGUUGCCCGCAGGGGGGUGUCCUAUCCCCACUGCUCUGGACUCUUGCAGUGGACGGACUUCUGCGUAAGUUGGCGGAUCUCCAAAUCGACACUCAGGGGUACGCAGAUGACCUUGUGGUGACGGUGAGGGGAAACUGCCAAAGUACUAUAUCGUACCUUAUGCAGAGGGCUCUCAACACCAUAAACGCCUGGUGUGGUGAAAAUGAAUUGUCCAUCAAUGCAAACAAGACAAUUAUAGUUCCAUUCACGAACAAACAAAGGCUGGAUAAAUUAAAACCUUUGGUCAUGAAUGGUAAAACGAUUCCGUUUUCUUCAGAAGUCAAGUAUCUGGGGAUAACACUGGACCAGAAACUGACCUGGAACCAGCACCUGAACGGAACUCUACUGAAGGCCAAAUCGGCCCUGGCAAUAUGCUGCCGUCUCGCAGGCAACAGAUGGGGUCUUAAACCCAAAAUUGCCUUAUGGUUGUACACUGCUAUAGUGAGACCAAUAGUGUCCUACGCCUCUGUAGCAUGGUACAAGAAGACGUUGCAGAAAGUGGCAGUGGCGAAGCUCAGCAGACUGCAAAGAGCUGCUUGUAGCAUCGUCACUGGAGCAAUGUCAUCCUCUCCAACAGCGGCACUAGAGGCCCUGCUGAACCUGUCGCCACUCCACCUCUAUCUGGAACUAGAAGCAAGAUCCAGCAUACUGAGAAUAGUGGCUACAAAGAGAGGAGGGUGGAUAUCACAAACACUGAGACUAUUUACUGAAUCAGUGCUUGAUAUCCCUGUACUGGGGAUGCCGACAGACACCAUGCACCCCCAGUUCUGCCCACAGAAACUUUACUCUGUGGAAAUCCCGGAAAGGGAGGACUGGUCAAACAGUCAAAUAUUAUGGAAAGAAGGAAGCCUAAGGUGGUACACUGACGGCUCCAAAUCCGGAUCUGAAGUAGGCUGCGGAGUAUACGGCGAAACGCCUAGAAGGGCUAAAAGCCUAAAUCUAGGACGGUAUUGCUCUAUAUUCCAGGCAGAGGUAUACGCCAUCUUAGAAUGCGCGUCAAUCAACCUGCAAUGCAACUACGUCAACCAUACUAUUUACAUCCACUCGGAUAGCCAGGCGGCACUCUUAGCCCUAACUUCGGACGUCAUAACGUCCAAGCUGGUUGAGAACUGCAGAUGGGUCCCGGGGCACGCAGGCAUCGAAGGCAACGAGAAAGCCGACGAGCUUGUACGUACGGGGGCAAAGGGUAAGCACCAUGGCCCAGAGCCUUUCUGCGGUAUCCCGAAAAGCCUUACGAAACUAACCCUAAAGACCUACUGUCAAUACAAAACUAUUCAGCUCUGGAGGAACACGCCAGGCAUGAACCAUUCCAAGGCUCUCAUCAGAGCCUACAGCAAAAAGGCAUCCUCAAAUGCCUUGGCGCUGUCAAGGAACCAACUUCGCAACCUAGUGAGGGUGCUGACAGGGCAUUGCCACCUGAACAAGCACAUGCACACUAUCGGGAAACGUGCAAACGGGCGGUGCAGAUUCUGUCUAGAGUCUGAUGAAACGCCCCUGCACAUCCUGGCAGAGUGCCCCUCUCUAAUGCGCACACGUAACAUGAUUCUGGGCAGUUACCAAUUUCUCCCAGAGGAUGUGAGGUUUCUCGAUCUCAAAAAGAUACUACAAGUCUUUGAAUUUGUAGGACUUGAUCGAGAGUUGUAG